AUGUCUUUGGAUACGUUUGACCCCAACCAGGCCGAGAACCUCCCUGAAAUCGAGAAGCAGAUUGCCGUGCGCUGCGUCGAGCAUGCACAGACCUACUGGAACCUGCUCGAGAAGGUCAAGGGCUCUGCGCUCCGCCUGACCAAAUUUGACGAUGACAUCAUGGCCGACUUUGAAGAGAUGUUCCCUGACACGUUCAAGGACGACAAUGCGGUCCGCCUGAUCAACGAGGACAGCAUGAAGAGCCCCGCUGGCAAGCAAAAGUGGCGCGAGUUCAUCGCCAAGUACGAAAAGAAGGUCGCCGACUUCAACUUUGGUACGCUGAUCCGUACAGAUGCCUCGGACGAGUACACGCAGACGAACACGAUCUUUUUGACGCGCUUCCAGUUCUACGUGUUCGAGAUCGCGCGGUGCCGCCGCGGUAUGAACGACUGGGUCCGUGAGCACGCCAACGCCGCGAAGUCGUCGUAA